UUUUUUUCCCGCCGUAUUUAUCGGUGUUUAGCUCCUGAGUUUUUCAACCUUAUAGGGAAUUAAAAGGACAAACCUAGAAGUGUAGUGUGUGAAAUAUUUCUAGAGGAUUUCUUAUGUGAAAUAUAUCUAGCUGUCGUGUCCUGGACUUAACGGAUUUUUAAAACUGUUUGUGUGUGCGUUUGAAACUCUUGGAUUAAAUUGUUAUACUGCAAAUUUUCAUCUGUAGAAAAUAGAUCCAGCAAUAAAGACAAAGUUGAAGUUUACAACAUUUUUGUAUGCAGUGGAUAAAACUGAACAGAUCACGGUGACUGCAGGAUAGAUAAAGGUCACGGUGACCAGAAAUGAGCAGCUUGUAAAAACAAAACAUAAAAGGAGGGAAACCAAACCGAGGCUCAUGUCUGCAGAGUGACAUGUCUGCCCUUGAGACACAGAACUUUGAGAAGGGCCGAAUCAAGGCCCUUCAAGAUGAAAGAGAAAGCAUUCAGAAAAAGACUUUCACCAAAUGGGCCAACGCUUUCUUGGAAAAGGUCCGUAUGGAAAUUCGAGACCUGUUCACAGACCUUGCAGAUGGCAAGAUCUUAAUGAAGCUGCUAGAGAUCAUAUCUGGGGAGAACUUGGGUAAACCCAACAAAGGUCUGCUGAGAGUUCAGAAAGUAGAGAACAUCAACAGAUGUCUGCAGUUUCUGGCCACCAAGGUCUAUUUUGAAAACAUUGGUGCUGAAGAUAUUGUAGAUGGCAACCCGAGGUUGAUCCUUGGCUUGAUUUGGACCAUCAUCCUUCGCUUUCAGAUCCAGGAAAUCUUUAUUGAUGUGGAUGAAGAGCAGGAGGAUAGUGAGAAAAAAUCAGCCAAGGAUGCCUUGUUGCUAUGGUGCCAGAGAAAGACUGCAGGGUACCCUGGAGUUAACAUUACAAAUUUUACCACCAGCUGGAGAAGUGGUCUGGGAUUUAAUGCUCUCAUUCAUGCUCACAGGCCUGAUUUAAUAAACUAUGACCGCCUUGACCCAGCAGAACACAUCAAUAACUUGAACAAUGCAUUUAAUGUGGCUGAUAAACAGUUGGGGAUCCCAAAGAUUUUAGAUGCUGAAGAUGUGGAUGUGAACAGACCAGAUGAAAAGAUUAUUGUCACCUACGUGGCCUCCUAUUACCACUACUUUGCCAAGAUGAAGAGUGAAAUGACUGGAGGAAAAAGAAUUGCCAAGAUCAUUGGAAUGAUGAGAGAUGUCCAGAAGAUGCAAGAUGAUUAUGAAGGAUUGUCAUCAACACUCUUGGCUUGGGUUAAAGACAAAAUAAAAUCAUUGAACAAUAGAGAUUUUCCCAACUCAUUGGAGGGCAUUCAGAAAGAACUGAUUCAGUUCAAAGAAUACAUGACAGUAGAGAAACCACCAAAAUAUCGUGAGAAAGGCAAUGUGGAAGUUCAAUACUUCAAUAUCCAAGCUCGACUGAAAGCCAAUGGACAAAAGCAAUACAUACCUCCUGAAGGAAUGUUGAUUCAUGAUAUAGAGUCAGCAUGGCUGCAGCUAGAAAAAUGUGAGCAUGGAAGAGAAGUAGCACUUAAAGAUGAGCUUAUCAGGCAAGAAAGGCUGGAACAACUUGCCAGGCGAUUUUUAAGAAAAGCUGCCAUAAGAGAAUCUUGGCUAACUGAUAUGGAGACCAUCCUAAAGGAACAAAUUGUCUGCAACAACGCUGCCCAGACUGAGGCUGCUGUGAAGAAACAUGAGGCAAUCAGUGCUGAAAUAUUGGCUAGGAAAGACAGAUUCCGUGCACUAAACAAUUUAGCCACAGAAUUGGUCCAAGGAAAUUACAGAGCUAAAGACAAAGUCAAACAAAAAGACCAGGAGGUCAUGUUGAGGUGGAAAAACCUUUUAGACAAGUUAGACUCAAGGAAGGCAACUCUGUCUGGCUUCAAUAAUCUUAUGGCUAUGUUCAGGGAGAUUGAAAGUAUUGGAGAAGAACUAAAAGAAGUGGAGCCCAAGGUAAAAGCAGACAACUAUGGCAAACAUUUGAUAGACACACAAGAUCUGUUGCAGAAACAUGCUCUUCAAGAAGCACAGCUCCACUCCCUGUCUGUCCGUGCUGGCAACUUAAAUAGACGUUCCACACAGUAUGCAGGUCAAGGCUAUGAGGCUCAACAUUUGGACAACAAGCUGGAUGCACUCAACAAAGACUUGGCAAGAAUUCAGGGUAUCAGUAACAAGAGGAAAGCUAACCUUGAAACAGCUCAACUCUAUUAUCAGUUCCUGGACGAUGCAGAGGUAGAGGAAAGAUGGGCUGUGGAGAAGAUUGAAGAAGUCAAGUCUACAAAUCUUGGCAAAGACCUGAAUGCAGGACUUAUGUUACUCAAAAAACAUGAGGCCCUGGAGGCAGAGAUACAAGGCAGGUGGAAGAGAUGUGAACAAAUUUGUGCUGUGGGACAAGAUCUAGUGAACCAAGGGCACCCUGCAAGAUCUGAGAUAGGAUCCAGGAUCAAGUCAUUAAUGGAUAAGUGGAACCAGCUGCAGGAUGCGUCUGCUGCCAGAAAGAUCAGACUGGAAGAUGCUAUUGAAGCUCUUCAGUAUUAUGCUGACGCUGAUGAAGCAGAGUCCUGGAUGAAAGAAAAGAUGCCCCUUGUCUGCAGUGAUGACUAUGGUAAAGAUGUUGCCAGUGCACAGGCUCUCCUGUCUAGACACAAUCGUCUUGACCAAGAUAUCAAAGCCUUCAAUGGAGAGAUCAAGAGAUUGGAUGAACUAUCUGUGCUGAUGACCAAGGCUGCCAGUGAACAUAAUAUUUCUCCUGCCAAGUUCAUGCCAGCUGAAAAUGGAGAGGUGGAGCCUCAGGAAGCAGAAGAUGAAGAAGAAGAGGUAAUUGAGGUGCCCACUGAGAUAGAGGUUGAGGAGACUGUUGAAAGGGAAGUUAUCCAAGAUGUUGUGGAGUCCAAGAAAAUUCCUCAGGUCAAGGUCAUGUAUGCCUACAAAGGUCAAGGCAUGACAGCUGAUAAGGGUGAAGUCAUGAUUCUGUUACAAAAGACCAAUGAUGAUUGGUGGCAGGUGAGAAAGUCUGAUGCCACUGAAGGUUUUGUUCCUGCUAACUAUGUGAAAGAGGUGGAUCCUAAAGUGGUGCAGAAGACAACCAAGAAACCUGUGCUGGUGCCAGAGAAGGUCAAGGUCAAGAAGACAGUGAUGAAGAAGGAAGUGGUGAAGAAGAAGAAAAAAUCAAACAAAUUGAGGAGAGCUCCUUCAGUCCGCUCUAAAGGUAACUUACAUUAUGAUAAAGACAAUGUAGAGACAAGACAGAAAGGACUUUCACUUCAAUACUCCAAACUUUGCAAACUCUCUCAGGCACGCAAGAUCAGCCUUGAGGAUGCUGUCAAAUUGUUCAAUUUCUUCAGUGAAUGCAAUGAGUUUGAAGCUUGGAUGAAGGAUAAAGAAGUUAUACUCAAUAGCAAAGACAGUCUUGCAGAAGAUAUGGAUGCAGUGAAAAAGAAAUAUGAAAAUCUCCUGACUAGUUUAGCAGCAAACAAAGGGCGACUUGAUGGCAUUAAUCAGCUGGCAGACUCCAUUAUAAAGUCAGGCAGUGCUCAGAAAACCAAAGUACAACAAAGACAGAAAGAAAUUAAUGACAGAUGGGACAAAUUAAAUAGACUGAAAAUGGAGAAAGAGAAAAGCUUAAAAGGUGCAUCCAGCAUAGAGAUGUACAAGUCUAUCUGUGAUGAACUGGCUGAAUGGAUCAAAGAAAAGAAAAUGGCUCUGGCACAUGACAAUGUUCCCAGUGACCUCAAAAGCAUUCAGGCUCAACAGAGGAAGCAUGCUCAACUUGAGAGGGAGUUGAUUCCUAUGGAAGAGAAAAUGAACAGAAUGGAUUUCUUAGCAGACACUGUCAGGUCAGCUUACCCUGAUGAAAAAGGUUAUGUUGACCAGAGACAGAAAGACAUCAAAGGACAGUGGGGAGCUCUCAAGGAUCAAGCCAAGUCUCGUAAAGAAAUUCUUGGAGAUGCUAAUGAUCAACAAAGAUUCCAUGAGGAUGCUAAAGACUUACUGAACUGGGCUAGUGGUGUGAAGAGAGGUCUAGCCAGUGCUGAGAAGCCCCAUGACAUCAAGAGUGCUGAAGAAAUGCUGAAGAUCCACUCAGAAGUACUGGAUGACAUCAAGGCACAUAAAGACAAAUUAAAAGCUACUUGUGACCUUGGAAGAGAUAUCUUGUCCAAGAACCCUAAUGCUAAAGAUGUCCAAGAGAAAGUAAAGAAACUAGAAGAAGAAGAGAAAGCAAUAAAUCAGCUUUGGGCUGCCAGAAAGAAAGAUUUACAGGAUGCUCAUAAUUUACAGAUAUUUAACCGUGAGGCCGACCAAAUUGAUGCGGUGACAAGUGGCCAUGAAGCAUUCCUAGACUUUGAUGAUACUGGGAGCACAGUGGAUGAUGUAGAAGGACUGUCCAGGCGCCACGCUGACUUUGAGAAAAAACUAAGAGCUCAGGAUGACAAAGUGAAAGCUCUGAAUGAUUUGGCAGACAAACUGGUAGCAGAGAAACAUCCUGACAGUGACAGGAUUGACAAACGUCGCAAGCAAGUGUUGGAGCGAAGACAAAAGGUCAAAGACAGAGCAGCUGAAAGACAUAAGGCUUUGCUGGCAUCUCAAGAUUUCCAGAAAUUUAAACGAGAUGCUAAUGAGUUGUCUGAUUGGAUCAAAGAGAAGAUGAAAACAGCUACUGAUGAAUCGUACCGAGAUCUGAGUAAUCUCAAUGCCAAACUACAGAAACAUGCAGCAUUUGAAGCAGAACUGAAAGCCAAUAAUGAAAGACUGAAGGGAAUCAAUAAGACUGGUGACACACUGAUAGCCAAUAAACAUCCCAAAUCUGAUGAAGUGAAGAAAAUUGAAGACAAUCUCAACAAACAGUGGGCAGAUUUGAAUCAUAAAGCUCAAGACAAAGGGAACAAACUCAGACAAGCAUCUGCCCAACAUACUCUCAACCAAGCCUUGGAGAGCGCACAGGCUAAACUUGAUGAAAUGCAGAAAUCUAACUCCAACACAGAUCUUGGCUCAGACUUGAGAGGGGUCAAACAACUGCUGAAGAAUCAUCAGAACUUGGAGAAUGAUCUGGCAUCACUUUCUGAAACAAUCCAAGAUAUUGUCAAACAAGGGAAACAGAUGGCUGACUCUGGUCACUUCAAUUCUGGUGAUAUUAAAGCUUCAGUUGAUGAGUUCAAUAGAAGAUUUGAACGCUUGAAGCCUGCAGUGGCUCUGAGAAAAUCUAAGCUGGAAGAAUCCUUGGAGUACCACCAGUUUUUGUUUGAUGCUGAUUCAGAGCUUCAGUGGAUAAAAGAAAAACUCCCAGCUGCUGCUUCUAAUGACUAUGGCAAAAAUUUGGUGGAUGCUCAGAAGUUACACAAAAAACAUCAAGAUUUAGACAGAGAAAUACAAGGUCAUCAAGGUGCCAUUGAUAAAGUGACAGCUGAAGGGGAACGUCUGGUUGCUGCUCACCACAACAAUGCCAAGGCCAUUCGAGACAAAAAUCAAGAAGUGCAAUUAGCAUGGGAUGAUUUGGUGAAAAAAUCUAAAAACAGAAAGAAAAAUCUUGACCUUUCACUUCAAACUCAGAGGUACUUCUCUGAAGUAGCAGAAGUGGAUGCUUGGAUCAAUGACAAAAUGGCGCUGGUUACAAGUGAGGACUAUGGAAAAGAUGAAAGUGCUGCUGACAAACUCUUGGCUAAAAAUAAUGUUCUAGAGACUGACAUUCAGACUUACCAGAACAUUGUGAAUGGACUUGCUAAAGAAUCCAGCAGAUUGUUCAAAUCAGGUUAUUCUGACCCACAAGCUUUAAGAAAAGCACAAGAUCAGCUGCAAGAAAAUCUGAACAAAUUAAAACGCCUUGCUGCUGAGAGAUGCACUAAACUGGAGAGAUCCAAGAGACUUUAUGCCUACAUGAGAGAAGCAGAGGAAUUAGAAAGCUGGAUCAAUGAACAAAUGCAAACUGCAUCGUCUGAAGAAUAUGGUCAGGACUUUGAACAUCUAGAGCUCCUACGCAACAAGUUUGAUGAAUUCAGGCGUUCAGUUGAUGCUAGAACAGAGAGGUACAACACUUGUGAAAGAUUGGCUAACUAUCUGAUUGAGGACAGGGGACCACACACCAAAGAAGUAGCUACCAGACAGGAGACUAUCAGGGCAAAAUGGAACAACCUCUUGGAGCAAAUAGAGAACAGAGACCAGAAGCUUCUUGGUGCUGGAGAGAUUCACAGAUUUAAUAAAGAUGUGGAGGAAGCUUUAUCUAGGAUUCAAGAAAAAAGUUCUAGCAUUCCAGAAGAUGUAGGCAGAGAUUAUAACUCAACCUUGACCUUCAUCAAAAAGCAUGAAGCCUUUGAAAAUGAAUUGGUGGCGUUAGAAGGCCAGCUGCAAGUCCUCAUUGACGACUCGACUCGUCUGCAAGCCUCCUACCCAGGUGAAAAUGCUGAACAGAUUGCCCAGUUGCAGUCUGCAGUAGUAGAUGACUGGGCUGAGCUGCAGGCUAAGUCUAGCAACAGGGGAGCCAAGCUGUUAGCUGCUGCUGACCUACAUAAGUUCUUUGCUAGCGCUCGAGACCUUCUGGGAUGGGCCAAAGAGAUGGAAAGAGAGAUGAAAAUGGACCAUAAUGUACGGGACGUCAAUGGUGCUGACAUGCUGAGACAAAGACAUGAUGAAAUAGCUGCCGAGAUAGAAGCAAGACAGGAGACCUUUGACAGUGUUAUCAAUACUGGGAAUGGACUCAUCAAAAACAACCAUUAUGCUAAAGAUGAUGUGAAAGCCAAAGUUCGGGAGGUAGAGCUAGCUAGAGAGCAGCUGAAGAACACUUGGUUGACUAGGAAAGACUUGUAUGACCAAGUUUAUGAUUUCAAUGUGUUCCUAAGGGAUGCUGAACUUUUGAAUAGAGUCAGUGCAACACAAGAGGUGUACUUAAACAGUCCAGACUUUGGGGACAGUGUAGAGCAAGUUGAGGCCCUAACCAGAAAACAUCAGACUUUUGAGAAGUUUUUGGAACCUCAAAAAGAAAAGCUGAAAAAUGUAGUUGACCAUGGUCAGCGAUUAGUAGACUCUGGUCACUUCCAAGCCAAACAGAUCAAACAGACCACCUCUGAAUUAAGUGAAAGGCGUAAAAAUAUACAUGACCAGUCAGCUGUGAGAAAAGCCAAACUAGAGGAUUCAUUGUUGUACCAACAAUUUUGUCGGGAUGAGAAUGAAGCUGAACACUGGAUUGAUGAGAAACUGAAAGUGGCUUACGAAGACGACUUUAAAGACGUGACAGAUCUGUAUGACAAGAUGAAGAAACUCCAGAAACACCAGGCAUUCCAUGGGGAGAUAGUGGCUAAUACUGACAGGAUCAAUGGCAUAAAAGAUGUGGGAGAGAAAUUAAUCAAAAAGAACCACCAUGCCCAAGGGGAGAUAAAGCAGAGUACCACACGUCUAAUGUCCAAGUGGAAUGAGCUUCUCAAAGCGUCUGCCAACAGAGGAAAAGGCUUAGAAGAAGCCAAGGACAUACUUGAGUUUAUGGAGCAAGUGGAUAAAGUUUUGCUGUGGAUCAGAGAGAAAGAAUCACUUGUACAUCAGAAUGACUUGGGAAGAGAUUAUGAACAUUGUCUUGAACUGCAGAAGAAAGCCAAUGAUCUUGAAUCUGCAGGUAUAACAGUGAAUGAGAAAAGAAUUAAAGAUAUCAAUGCCCUGGCAGACAGGCUGAUAUCUCAGGGCAGAACUGACACAAUGCAAGUGAAGGAAAAAAGGGCUGACAUGAACCAUAAAUGGAAAGAUCUGCAAGGUGCAUUGAGCAGCUACAAAGCUCGUUUAGCUGAAGCUCUAGAGAUCCAUGCUUUCAUUCGAGAUGUGAAUGAUAUCAAUGACAGAAUCCAUGAAAAAGCUCAACUUCUAUCCAGCGAUGACCUUGGGAAAGAUCUCCCAGCUGUUGAAGCUUUACAGAGGAAGCAAGAGGAAAUAGAAAGAGACAUGACAGCAUUGCAGAACCAGCUGGAGAAAAUUGAGACCCAAGCCAACAAGCUGAGCCAUACCUAUAAAAAUCGAGCUCAAGAAAUAGAACAAAAGAAACAGGAAGCUGAAGAUAACUGGGAGAAACUUGAAGAUUUAUCUGACAGCAGAAAGGCUAAAUUGGCAGAAUCUUACCAACUCCAAAAAUUCCUUGCUGAGGCUAGAGAGCUGAUCAGUUGGUCUAAUGACAUGGUGAACAAGAUGAGUGCCAAGGAACUAGCUAAAGAUGUCUCUGAGGCUGAGAACAUGCUACAAAUGCAUAAUGAAAGGAAGGCUGAAAUUGAAGGCCGAAAGUCUCAUUUCUCUACCAUCCGUGAGUCUGGUAACAAUCUUAUUAACAUGAAACACUUUGCCACUGAGGAGAUCCAGAAGAUGAUUAAACAGUUGGACAUGACCAGGCUGGCCUUGCUGGGGGCUUGGGAGAAGAGGAACAACUUGCUGACUCAGUGCCACAACCUACAGAUCUUCAAGGAGACAGCAGAACAAGCUGAAGCUUGGAUAGGAACUAAAGAAGCAUUUCUUGCUAAUGAAGAUGUUGGGAACACACUGUAUGGUGUUGAAAGUUUGAUGAAGAAACAUGAAAACUUUGAGAAGACAACAAAAGCCCAGGAAGAUAGAAUAGAAGAGUUAAAACAGUUUGCUUCUGACCUCUGCUCAGAUCACCAUUAUGCCGCUGAUGAGAUCAACACCAGAUGUCAGUCAGUCCUCAACAGGAGGAAACGAAUGUGGGAGUCUUCAGAAGCCCGCAAGAAGAAGUUGAUAGAAUCAAGGAAUUAUCAACUCUUUUUGAGAAACCUUUAUGAGGUGUCAGCAUGGAUCAAUGAGAAGCUACAGGUUGCCCUGGAUGAAUCCUACAGAGAUCCAACCAACUUACAAGCUAAACUUCAGAAACAUUCAGCAUUUGAAGCUGAGCUGUCAGCCAACAGAAAUAGAGUGGAUGCUGUCAGUGAGGAGGGCAAAGGACUUGUAGAAGCCAAACAUUAUGCUAAAUUAGACAUUCAAAAAAGGCUUGAGGAACUAGAGUUAUCCUGGCAAGCAUUGAUAGCUGCCAGUGCUGAUAAGAAAGACAGACUUCAAGAUGCUUAUCAAGCUCUGCUCUUCAACAGAGUUGUAUCAGAUUUAUCUGUAUGGAUAGAUGAAGUGGAGAAUCAGUUAAUGUCUGAAGACCAUGGUAAAGAUCUCAGCUCAGUCAACAGUUUACUUAACAAGCACCAGCAACUGGAACAAGACAUUGCCUCCCACAAAGAGAAAGUAACUGACAUUUUAGAUGCUGCUCAGGUUUUCAAAGAGGCCAAACAUUUCAUGAACAAAGAAUUGCAAGCUAGUGCCAGAGAAAUCUCAGAGAGAUACAACUCACUUGCUGAGCCAUGUCAUAUAAGAAGAGAGAAUCUGGAAGAAGCCAGACGAAUGUAUCAGUUCUUUAGGGAUGUGGAAGAUGAGUUGUCAUGGAUACAAGACAGGAAACCUUUAGCUGAAUCCCAAGAUUUUGGUCACUCUCUUAGCUCUGUUCAAAAUCUAAUGAAGAAACAUCAAGCUUUAGAAUCUGAGAUUGUGGCCCAUGAACCUCUGAUAGAGACUGUGGCAAGCUCGGCACAACAAAUGAUUCGAGGCAAACACUUUGCUGCUCCAGAUAUUCAAACACGUUUGGACAGCUUGCACAAAAACUUGUCAGAACUGAAGAAGAAGACAUCAGACAGAAAAAAUAAACUCAAAGAUGCAUUAGAAGCUCAAAAGUUUUAUACUGAAGUCAGUGAACUACAACAGUGGAUGAAGGAGAAGCUGCCACAGUUGACUAGUUCUGACCUUGGAAAAGAUGAAGAUUCUGUGCUGCUCUUAACCAAAAAGCUGGAUGCCCUUGAAAGAGACAUAGAUAACUUUGCAAACAGUAUUGGAGAGUUGGCAGCCUUGUGUAGAACACUGACGGACAGACAGCAUUAUGAUUCUGAAAAUAUUAGAAAAACUCAGGCUGAUAUUGAAAAACAGUAUUCUAAACUGCAAGACUUGGCCACACAGCGUAGAAAGAAAUUAAUUGACAGCCGUAAAUUGUUUGAGUUCUAUCAUGAAGCAGACGUGGUGGAGUCCUGGAUAUCAGACAGAAUAGUCAUAGCAGCUUCUGAAGAUUAUGGUCAGGACUUGGAGCAUGUGGAGGUCUUACAACAAAGGUUUGAGGACUUCCUUCAUGACCUAAGUAACAAUGAAAACAGGGUGACCCGGGUUGUCUCGACUGCCCAGACAAUGAUAGAGAACAACCAUUUUGAAUCCAAUGCUAUUCAGGCUAAAUCUAAGGCUAUAGAGAAGCAGUGGGCAGAACUUAAAGAUAUCUCACAGGCCCGUCAAGAUGCACUGGGUGGAGCCAAAGAAGUCCAUAUGUAUGGCCGUGAUGCUGAUGAUACACUAGAAUGGAUCCAGGAGAAAGACCUGAUUGUCAGCAGUGAGGACUAUGGUCAUGACUUGGAAAGUAGUCAAGCAUUGAUUAGUCGCCAUGAAGGACUGGAAAGAGACAUGGCUGCCAUCAGUGAUCAGGUUGAGAAUAUCACAAAAGAGGCUGAGCGUCUGAUCAGCACAUUCCCUGAUGCUCAGGAACACAUCGCUGCUAAACAUGAGGAGAUGGUUGGUGCAUGGAACAGACUGGUGGAAAAAGCAGCUCACAGAAAAGAGAAGCUUGCUCAAGCAGAACAACUGCAGAAUUAUUUCAAUGACUACAGAGAACUCACGGCUUGGAUAAGUGAAAUGAUGGCCAUUAUCACUGCAGAUGAGUUGGCCCAUGACUUGCCCGGGGCUGAGGCCAUGAUGACUCGCUACAAAGAGCACAGGGCAGAGAUAGACAGUCGUAAAGAUGCUUUCAAGAAGUUUCACCAGACAGUGGAGUCCUUCAUAAGUCAAGGUCAUUUCUUAUCAGAGGAGAUCAAAGAAAAGAUCAAACAGCUAGACCAGUCUCUGGAAGGUUUAAUUAGGACAAUGGAACACAGGAGAAGUCUACAUGAAAAGAAUCUUGAAGCACAGCGUCUCCGCCAUGAAAUAGAACAGAUAGAAGCUUGGAUGAAUCUCAGGGAGCCUCUCAUCAAGGGAGCCAAAUUUGGAGAAUCUAUUCCAGAGGUAGAAGAGUUAAUCAGAAGACAUGCAGAUUUUGAGAAGACAGUUGAUGCUCAGGGAGACAGAGUGAAUAAUUUAUGCAAAGAUAAGGUGGACAGGGCUGUGAAACAGCAGAAACUCUUAGAACAGAAACAGCAGGUAGAGGAUGAAGCCAGAAGAGAAAAAGACCGAUUGGAUGAACUUCGAAAGAGGGAGCAGGAGAGAAUCCUGGAGGCCCAGAAUAACGAACGCAGGAGAGAAGAUGAACAAAGAAAAGCAAAAGAGUUCUUACUUCGAAGACAGAAAAGUGAAAAUGAUGAAGACAGAAGGAAUGAGGACAAGCUUGAUAAAUCAACAGUCAAGAAAAUUAUUGGCCGCUCUCAAAGUAUUAAGAUUGCAACAAGGCCGGAGGGCACUAAAACUGAUGUACAGAGGGCAGUCAGCUUCCGAACAAGAAAUGAAAUGCCCAGCACAACACCAAUCUCAUUACAGAAGGCAGCUAACUUCCACCAGGAAAGUAUAGAGGAUCAGCCAUCAUCUCCAGAGCUUGAAACCAAACCUGCGUGGGCCAAGCAGUCUCCUCCAUCCUCUCCAGAAGCAAGCAAGAAAUUUGUUUCAGACAAACAGUCACCUUCCUUAUCCCCAGUGGCAGCCAAAAGACAGAACAUGACAUUGCCGUCUGCUCCAUCGGCAAGUAGCAGACUGUCAGAGAUAACUCUGCCUUCACCUGGGGACAAUGUCUCACUGAAUGAAGAUGAUGAAACAUCAGCCCCUGAAUUGCCCAAUGCUCCACCUCCUCCCCCAACCCAGCCCCAACCAGUACCUCAAGCAAUCAGCCCCACCCCUCUAUCACCAUCAUUCCAGAAGAAAGGAAAUCUUUCUCCACCAUUAAGUCCAACAGAAAUAACAACCAAACGAUCAGAUAUUAUGAAAGAAGAAAGCAAAAAGUCUAAAAGAACAGCCAGCUUCAAUAUCCGCAGGAGAACACGUAGCUUUAAAGAUAAGUAUAAACUUCCGGACAAUCUCCCACCAGCUGAAAUUGAAGGAAUGGUGGAGCGUAAACAUGAACUACAAUCUGGAGGCAAAAAGGCUACAAUCCGUUCAUGGAAAAAUUUUUACACUGUCCUCUAUGGACAGCUACUGUGUUUUUUCAAGGAUAAAGAAGCUUAUGCAGAUGGUGUGGCUGCAGCACCGCCAGUCAACAUUCACAGAUCUAUCAAUGAAAUUGCUUCUGAUUACACCAAGAAACAAAAUGUGCUCAGAUUAAAACUCCAGGAUGGAGCUGAGUACCUGUUGGAGUUUGCCAACUCUGAGAUGAUGAGCUCAUGGCACACAAAGAUUCAGCAUUUUGCUGAACAGGAAGCAAUGCUGGAUGACCUUAAUGUAGGUCAGCUUGAUCAGCCGUUGGAUGAAGAUUUAGAUCCAUCUGAGCAAUUCAGUCGGUCAGCCAACCACGGACAGGAGACUCCACCCAGAGAUUCCAGCCCACCUCCUCCUUCUCACCCACCUCCACCUGAGACACCCGCCUCAAAACCUACCAUACCACCCAAACCUCUUCCUAGAUCCAUUGAACCAAAGAUGGAGUCUUCCAAAGCUCAUGUGCAUGAACUAGAGCCAAUCCACUCCAGAACUCCAAGUCUUCCUUCCAACAAUUCAGAAGAGGAUGACUAUCAGUUACAGCUGCAUACAGAAAAUGAUCACAGUCAUGACAGGGAUUCAUCAUUUGAUGAAGACAUCCAGCUUCGAGGUCAUCCUGGCGGAGCUACAUUGGGCCGUCCAGACUCCUCUCACCAACAGGAUGAGAAACAUGAGAAAGAGAAAAGGAAGAGUGGCGUCUUUGGAUUCCUGAAAAAGAAGAAAGACAAGGAACAUAAAAAGGACAAGUCCACUCAUGUAUAACAAAUGUUGUCACUUUGAAACUCGUGUUGAUUCUGCGUGUUGUGAACUGUUGGACCUCCUCAGGUUGUUAUAUUGUUAACAAUCUGCUAUUAGUAUCUUAUUGUGAAUUUUGUCUUCUUGAAAUGUCAUGAAAUAAAAAUAUUUUUUUAUGCUCA